UCAGCUGUCAUCUGUCUAUUUAUUUAGACACUUGACGGUAAAUACCUGCGCCUUCUCGAGAAUAAGUUAAAAACAUUGUGAAAAUGGCUGAAAAGUAUGGAAUAUCUGAGGGACAAUUCCAACUUAUACAAAAGCAGGCCGAGAGGCGUGCUGAAAUGAGACAGGAGUUCCUUAAACAGCGGACGAACCCUUGGAAACAUGCAGCAGAGGCUGGAUAUAUCUUCGACCCGGCUCACCAGAAAUUUUUAUCCAUGAAAGUCACUCAAUUCGAACGAUUUCAACCUAACCCAAGAACAAGUCUGUUUGGAGUCUUAACAAUUAUUGUCCCCAUGAUAACCUACGGAUACUUCAUUUGGAACGAGAGGAAUGAUCGUGAACAGAAGAUUAGGGCUGGAGAAAUGCCAUACAGGGAUAGGCUUUUCAAACUUUGUUAAAUGAACAUUUUUAAUGAUCAAAAAUGUUAGUGAGUGCGUAGUAUCAUUAUGUUUUCAAUAUAUUUAAUUUUACUGUA